AUGAGAAGGUUGUGGGUGUAUUUAUGGAGUGUUGCCUUCGUUGCUGCUGCAUCUUUCGAUCCUACGAAUAUUCCGGGCAUGUUCCUGAAUUAUUUAACUGGAAAUGGAGCAACACAAUUAACGUCUCCAGAAUACUCAAAUGUGUACCAUGAAAAUAAUCGCGGAUAUGGUCAUACUCACCGCAAUAAUGAAGGUUUCUUUAUACGCCCGGAAGGCCAGGAAUUCAUAGACAACAUUUACAGAGAACACAAGAAACAUCCCAACGUCCAACCAGUGGUGGUGCACGCGAUCAGACCGGUCGCAACCAUCCCUUUAUUAAAUGCAAGGUUUGGCGCGGGCGACGAAAAUUCAAAAGUCGAAUGGGUGGAUUUAAGCAACCACAAUCAAAACGGUAACAAACACAAAGUAGAAUCGGCCGAUCUAAGCCAAUUUUUCGAACUCACCAACCCUAACAAACCAGCUACUAAUAUACACGUGGUCGAUCCAUCGAACCUCAACGAAUUCUUCGAAAUUACCAACCACAAUCAACCACAUAACCAUCAUCAUAAUGUCAACCCAAACCAAUUCUUCCACAAUACAAACCCCCAUCAACCUACUCACAACCACCACGGAGAGCAAACAGCAAACUUGAACGAAUUUUUCCAAAUUACAAACCCCCAUCAACCUACUCACAACCACCACAGCGAGCAACCAGCAGACUGGACAGAUACCAAUCACAUGGUCGAACCGAACCCGUUCUUCCAGCCCGGCAAUCGCCACGAGAACUUUCAAACGAAUCCCAAUGUUAACGAAGGAAGUUUCGACGAAGACGCCAAAGACGAAGAGACCGAAACGAAAGAGUGCAAACCGUCCCUUACGCACGUCAAAGGAAAAUCCAAGUGCCAAGACAAGCUGAUCUUCAACGAGAAUUUCAAGUCGCUCAGGCACAAUGUUUGGAAAAUCGAGCAGAAAAUCGCCACGGCGCCGGACUACGAAUUCGUAGUUUACGUGGAUCGCCCCGAAACUAGGCAAAUCAUAAACGGAGGAGGAUUGGAAAUCAAACCAGUAAUGCUGGAGGAAUUAUUCGGGCGAGAAACAUUGCAGAAGGGCAUCGAUUUGGGGAAAAAUUGCACCGUAAAAGAGGAAUCUUCUUGUAAAAUGGUAUCCGACGCCGGAUUUAUGGUACCACCAGUAGCCUCCGCUCUGUUGACGACAAAAGGAAAAUUUUCCUUCAAAUACGGACGGGUGGAAAUCCGCGCAAAAUUGCCCGCGGGCGAUUGGGUAUAUCCCAUACUGUAUUUAAACCCCAUGAGAGAGCUGUACGGCAAGGAUUUCGAAUCGGGGCAAAUUCGAAUCGCCUUCACCGAAGGCAACUCUAUGAGCAACAGAAUCCUCAAAGGCGGAAUCAUUCUGGGCAAAGGCGAGCUGGCGAGGAAUUACGGAUUGAGGAACGUAACCAGCGAGAGAGCGUGGGCCGACGAUUUCCACAAUUUCCAAUUGAAAUGGACCCCAGAUGAAUUUGUUGUAAGUGUGGACGGUACAGAAUACGGCAGAAUAGAACCGCCGAAAGAAGGGUUUGUAUCGUUAGCGAAUGAAUUAAAAAUCGAUAAUUCAGGUGAUUGGAUCAACGGAUCUCCUUUGGCUCCUUUCGACAAAGAGAUGUGCCUUGAGGUGGGCGUAGGUGUGGGUGGGUUCAGCUUCGACGAUCGCUCCGACGGCACGAAGCCGUGGAGGAACAGGGAAAGAUUGCAGGUUAAAAAAUUCUACGACGACAGAGCCCAGUGGCUCCCUACUUGGAAGAAAGGAAGCUCCAUGAUAAUCGAUUACAUCAAAAUUUGGGCCUUGUGA